AUUAUUGUUGAAUCGGUUCGAAUUCCUCUCAAUAAUGCAGCAACGUCCUUCAUUGUCGGGCGAUCAUCGGCGCGAUGAUAGGCGCACAGAAGAGCGAUUUCGAGGACUUGAUACAUUUCUUGAACUUCCGCGUCGAGAUGGAUCGUAAGCUUUGGGUCCAGAAGCUCGAUUGGAUCUUUCUGGCUGUAUAGAUGAUGCUGAACCCAUUGGAUUAUGUGUUGGCCUUCUGGAAAUGAAGGAUCGGCAGGCUUUUUUCCGACCCUUAAACAUGUAGGUAUUUCAUCUCAACAUCUCUGGAGAGAUCUGUUUUUGAAGAAAUUGUAGCAAUUCCAAAACCAGUGGUAAUGGACAGUACAACCAAUGCAAGCGUAAAACAAGAAUUCAAGUCAGAAAGGUAAAGAACUAAGCACCCAAGGACUACGGAAAAGUAUUUUCCAGGAAGAGAGAUUACAGUAUUGAAACAAAAGGCUUCAAGGCAAAAAUAAACUAAUAUGAAAUGUGGAAGGAAUAUGCAGUUCAGACUCCUUCUCGUGCGAAGCCAUCAACUAAGGGAUGAAUAGGAUCAAACAAUUAUUUGAUGGAAUCGAUGGAAGUGGGUGCAAAUGCUUUACAAGACAAGUAGAAAAGUUGCUGAAUUGUCAAUACAAUGUUCAAUUUUUGUGCUUGUGUGAAUUUCAAGCAAGAAACCAGCGACGAGGAACGGCGGAGGGAUGCGUCGAUCAGGAAAAAAAAAUUCAAGAAGAGUUUAAAGGAGGCAUAUAAUGUUCCUUUGACUUUGGUUUCUCCACGUGAAUCUCUAAAUUACAGAGAGGAUCGAAUUAUCAAUCUAGAUGUAGGAGACCCAAUAAUGUACGAAAAGUUUUGGAAGAAAAUGGGGAAGAAAGCGACGAUAGUGAUACCAGGGUGGCGAUACAUGAGUUACCUCUCCGGCGGCCAGAGUCUUUGCUGGUUUCUUGAGCCUGAUUUAUGCCAGCAAAUUCUCCGAUUACAUCGUGUCGUCGGCAAUGCCAUAACCGAAGGCCGUUACAUCGUCGUCGGGACCGGCUCCUCCCAGCUUAUACUGGCUGCACUUUAUGCCCUCUCUUCGCCCAAUUCUUCUCAACCCACCAAUGUCGUCUCCGCCAUCCCAUACUAUUCUUCAUAUCCAUCCAUGAGUGACGACUUAAAAACAAGUGUUUUCAAAUGGGGUGGAGAUGCCACUACUUAUGAGAAAGAUGAACCUUAUAUAGAAAUCGUCACUUCUCCCAACAACCCUGAUGGUUCCCUACGUGAACCAGUGGUGAACCGGACAGGAGGCAAAGUGUUGCAUGACCUUGCUUACUAUUGGCCUCAUUAUACUCCAAUCACUGCUCCAGCUGACCAUGAUCUCUCUCUGUUUACUUCCUCCAAGUGCACCGGCCAUGCCGGCUCUCGAAUCGGGUGGGCUCUUGUAAAAGAUCCAGAAGUAGCGAUGAAAAUGGUGAAGUUCAUCGAGAUGAACACGAUCGGAGUGUCUAAAGAUUCUCAACUUCGCACGGCAAGGAUAUUGAGCGUAGUAUCAUCUAGUUGUGAACAAGCUGGGAGUUCAGAAUAUCCUGAAUCCUUUUAUGGAUUCGGCCAUCGCCUCAUGACAGAGAGGUGGAGCCGUCUCAAACAGGCCGUUAAACACAGCGGAAUGUUCACUCUCCCAGACUUCCCCACCGCUCACUGCACCUUCCACGGCCAACAAACCCAACCUCGACCAGCUUUUGCAUGGCUAAAAUGUGAAGACGAAGAAGAAGACUCCGCAGCUUUACUCCAACGCCAUAGAAUAAUCGGUCGAAGUGGAGUAAGUUUCGGUAGCGAGGCGAACUUCGUACGUGUCAGCAUGAUGGAUCGAGACGACAACUUCGACUCCUUCGUCCAACGAAUAUCGAAAAUUACAAGGCUUUCUGAAGACUGAAAAAACUACAUGUCGAUCCAACUUCAUACCAAUGUGACAAUAAUCCAACCACCAGUCGCAGCUGCAGUGAGCAAACCAAAUAUUACAUAGGAGUUGAAGCCCUAUAGAUAUUAUAAUUUCAUUCUUUCAAUUUAAUUUUGAUAUUAAUAUAUGUAUUCAUUUAGAUUUAUAUUUGUAUUUGGUUAACUAGGUUAAAAGAAUAUCUAACCUAUUUGUUACUCAUUCA